GACUGUGUGUAAUCUCCAACAAUGAACUCGAGUAGUGAAUACUUUGUUCAAGAAAUGUAUCCCUAAAACAAUGAUUUUAACAGUGAAAUAACCCCGUGGUGAAGUAUUUUUGAUUGUCUACAAAACUGUUCGAUCGGUGCGGUUCGUAUUAAUGUAGAACAGCGUUAAAUCGCUGUUAUAAAAUGUCCGGGCAGAGCAAUCAAUCUACUCCGGGUAGGAUGCAAAAAUCUUCGCCGAAUUCCUGCAAGCAGGGCCCGCUGAAGGCCACCAUUCCCAUUUCUUCGGUUCUCAAGCAAAACAGCGGCUUAAUCAGCGACAACAGUCCGAACAUUUCCCCGACCUGCAACUGGAAAGCCAGAUAUUCCCCUGAUCCUGCUUUUGGACAAAGGAGUCCCGGAUCUCCCUGCAACAAAGAAAAAUCUAAACUAGAUGGGCACUGUGAAGGUAAAAUAAGACGUACAGCAUCCUUAGACACAAUUUAUUUAAAAGGACAUUGGCCAAGAGACCACUUCUUCUGGCAUACUGGAACCUUGCAAAUUAAUAAGUCAACACAGACUGAAGAUUCAGAUUAUAUUGAAAGUAGAAAAAUACAAUGUAUUUCUGAGUCAGGAGAUAAGGUUGAAAAGGUUAUGGCAUGGCAAAAAAUUAAAGGCAAUAGGGAACCUUUAUCCAGGCAUGGUUCGCCAGAUACACUUAAUACAAGUUCACAAACAUUGGCUUCCAGCAUAUUAUCGCCGACGAUGAAAGCCAUCCCGAUGAACAUCCCGUGCAAGCCGAUGCCGAAAUCCUCGAUGCGCAACUCGGUCGAGGGCCUCAACCAGGAGAUCGAACGGAUCGUGUUGAAGACGUGCACGGUCGGCAUGCAGUUCGGCGCCGACGGCGACAUGCUCGACGACUACCGCAAGUUCUCGCAGAGCACGCCAGAGGGCCACAGAGCCCCGCACCCGGACAUGUUCAGGGCGGCCGCCCGGUCUCGCUCCGUCAACACGCAGACCCCCAACGAUUUCAGCGAAGGCUCCAGCGCUGGGUCGAGCCCCGACCGCGAAAUAGGCAAGCUGGGCACCUCGCCGCACAUCAACCGAUUCCUGGCGCGCGAGCCGCCCGACGGCUGCGAGCGCGUCAGCCUGAAAUCGCUGGACGACGAGCUGCCGAAACAACCGACUGCGGUGGUGGCGCAGCAACCCUUGACCAUGUUCAAGUUGCGCUCGAGCCUCGGCUCGGCGUUCCAGCUGCUGCAGCCGAACUCCGUGGAACACCACGAGCACGAGCACGCGCAGCAGCCCGCGCCCGACCAAUGAUCGGCCCGCUGUUUUUAUUACCAAGCAAGUACGUAGGUACCUUUGAAAAUUGAACGCUAAAAGCAAUAAGAUGGUGUUAAAUUUUUAUUUACUUUAAGUUUAACUCAUUUCACAAUUUCAUAAACUAAAAGUGGGCUAAUGAUAGUUUAUUGCUUCAUUUUUGGCUUCAAACUUAAUAGGUUUAAAUUAAAAAAACUUGUUAACUUGAACAUGUUAUCAGAAAAUAAACAAGUUUUGUUUUUAAUUGUACAUUAGGGUGCUUCAUUUUAGAGCGACAUUUUUUUUCAAUGUCCCACCUGAAAAUCUUGUAACCGGUCAGAAAACAAAAAUUUUGAGCUAGUACAAAGCUCUUAAUAUUUAUUUUAAGCCGUUGCUAUUCAAUUUUUAAAAACCAUUAAAAAACAAUGUUAUUCUUUUCUUCUUCCCCUUGUACAGUAAGAAUAUUUUCGAAUUUCGGUUCUAAAAUCUUUACAUAGGAUGAAAUUAUGAAUAGGUUCUUCACAAAUUGCCGUUCUCCUCGAAAAUAGCAGUAAAUCGUAACUGGAGACUAAACUAUUUAUUGUAGAUAAAAAACGUAAAUGACAAUUUUGUCGGGAAUUUUGUGCCCUACAAAUUUGUUAAGGAAUAUUUUUCUGGAUCACUUAUAGUUUAGCUUGUACAGCCACCCAAAGUGUCAAAUUCUUAAAAAUUCAGUUUCUGACUGUAAUAACUAUACUAUUAGAGUUACGUGAAAGAAUGGCUGUACAAGCUAAACUAUAUGUGAUACAGCAAAAUAUUUCUUGACAAAUUUGUAGGGCACACAAUUCCCUACACAAUUGUCAUUUACGUUUUUUAUCUACAAUCAAUACUUUAGUCUCCCAAUACGAUUUACUGCUAUUUUAGAUUUUCGAGUAGAACAGCAAUUUGUGAAGAACAUAUUCAACUUACAGACUUGCUUAAAUAGACAUUUUUGAAGAUAAUUUCAUCCUGUAUAAAGAUUUUAGAACCGAAAUUCGAAAAAAAUAUUCUUACUGUACGAGCGGAGGGAGAAAAGAAUAAAACAUUGUUUUUAAUGGUUUUUAAAGGGAAAUUUUUAAAAAUUGAAUAGCAACUGCUUAAAAUAAAGAUUAAGAGCUUUGUAAUAGCUCAAAAUUUUUGUUUUCUGACCGGUUACAAGAUUUUCAGGUGGGACUUUGGAAAAAAAAUGUCGCUCUAAAAUGAAGCACCCUAUUGUACAUCCAAAAAUAUAAUAUAUUCUAUGGGGCGCAGUUUUAUUUUUAUUCAGGAACUAUUCUUAUGUGGUAACUUUAAAGUGAUAUUUUCAUUUAGAUAAAAAGUAUCAUGUUAGAAGUUCUAUUUUGCGAAUUAAAAAUAUCAUAGUGGAUAUUUAAAAAUUUAUAUAUGCCAAAGUGAUAUUUUUAAUGUAGUGAAUUUAAAAUAUCUGUUUCUUAUAUUUGUAUUUUUUAAUUAAACACAUAUUUUUAAUUCGCUAAAUUAAAAAUAUCGUAGGAGAAAUUUUUAAUUGCAUUAAAAAUAUCAUAGGAGAUAUAUUUAAUUCAUUUUAAUUUGAAUUUUUUUAACAUAAGCAGAUAUUUUUUUAUUGAAUGUGAUAUUUUUAAUUCAGGUUAAAAGUUUUGAUACCCCUGGUAUUCCAAACGAAUUAAGUCGCUAGGUGGCGGCACAACCACUGUGAUCUACGUCGUACGUGAGUCCGAUAUUUUUUAUCUAAUUAAAAAUAUCACUCUAGGGUUAACAUAACAUAAAAUAAUUCCUGAAUAAAAAAUAAAACGGCGCCCCAUAAGAUUGUAUCUUAAUUUUAUUUAAGAACUAGAAAAUUAUUUGAUUGCCUUUAUAAUGUUUAUUAAGUUUAAAUAUAACAUUUCAUUGAUGCCAAACAAGUUAGUUUUAAAUAAAUAUAUUUUUUUAAUAAAUGCCAUCUUACAUUGCUUUUAGCUUUCUUAGAACGACGAUUUUUUCAAGUGAUGGAUACUGUAUUAAAUAUUUUUUUAUUCGUGAUGUUUUAGUUAUAAAGAUGAAAUUAUGCUGCCAAGCAGAUUAUUUUUUAUUAGCGUAUUACAUUACUAAAUUAAGAAAUCGUCGUUCCUUAUACAUAACUAUUAUUAUGUAGUAGGAUUUCCAAAGAAUUUUUGGAUUUUUGCUUAACUUUGCAUGUCCAAAAUGCUCACUUCUUAAAUAAAAAUUAUGUCACAAUAAUUUAGCGAACUGCAUGGAUAGAUAAUAUAGACAAUAUAAGAAAUGGGUAAGCGAAUCAAUUGAUGAAUUUAAAGUCUGUGAUAAGUCUGGAAAAUUCUUAUGCUUUUCGAUAAAAUAAAUUAUUUCGAGGUACAUAUGUAGAGCUUAAAAUAAUUGGUUAACAAAAUUGUGAUUAUGAAAAACGAGCUUAGGCGAAAUUUGCUACCAAAGAAAUUUGUGAUUAUAUCCCGCUUAAUUAAUAAAAAAGAAAACCAAUUAUUGUGAUAUUAAUUUUGUGUUUUGGACAUGCGCAGUAUUAUCAGGUUGUUUUAUACUGCAAUGCCAGUAUGAUUAUAUCAAAUUAUUUUAAAUAAAUCUUCAUUUCGUUCAAAAAGUUAUCAGCUUGAAACAGAGAUGGUUCUUUUCACAACCGAUAUUGCUCUGUUUAUUUUAAAUAUGAAAUUUUUCUUUGUGAAAAAUUACAAUUUCCCGCAUCGUCCAUUUCGAAAUAAUACAGUGUGGCACCAAAAAAGGGGUUCUAUUAUAAAAAAUACUUCCGAUAACCGGGUUAUAUUCGAGGUUAUAUUAUGUGCAGGGCCGGAUUUAGGCAUGGGCCACAUGGGCCCGGGCCCAGGGCGGCAAAAUUUUAGCGGCGGCAAAUUUUGAAGGCCAGUUAAAAUUUUGCUAAAAAAUCAAGAGCGUUUUAUGCAGAAUUUUUGUUUUCACACAGAUUUAUACACUAAUUAAAACUAUAAAAAGUUGGAAGAGAAGUUUUUUAAUACAUUAGAUAAUUUUAUAUCAGACUACACUAUUAUUCUGCGUAGUGCGUCACUGCGUAGAAGGGCGGCAGUCGAUGUACACGAGGCGAGUGGGGCGCGACUCUAGCUUAUUCGCUGAGUCAUUCGUUAUUCGGGGUAAUGAUGCGUUGGGCCCAUGGGCGGCAAAUUCGUAAAUCCGGCCCUGAUUAUGUGCACAAAGUAUUCUUCUAUUAAGGAAUCCAACGAUGAGCUUCAAGGUCAGUUAAAUUAGAGAAAUGUUGCAUAUUACAAUAAUCAGCUCUUCUCAAAUAAUUUGAAAAAACUGAAAACCUGUCAAAAUCAAAAAUCGUUAUUACUUCGUUAUUCCUGAAAUUUUUGAAAAAAAAUUUCACAUGUUUGUAUAAAACAUAAAUUUAUCUACAAUUUUAUCAAAUUUUUGAUAUUUUUCGCCUAGUCAACACUACCAUCUCGGCCGCCUCAUUUAAAUUUUACAUGGUUAGAAAAAAAAUCAAGAAAUCCAACGCGGCCAUUAUAAAAACAUUAGUGAUGAAUUAAAAAUGUUUGCUUUUGAAACGUUUUUAGUUUUUUUGAGAACAGCUGGAUUUUUUUUUAAUUUUUAAAUUUAGUUUUAUAGGCUUAUAAAACCUUGUAGCCCUUCUAAUAAAAAAAAUACCCAUAGAAGUAUAUAUAGAAGGAUACUUGAUCACAAGCGACAUCUAUGUUUCCCUUUAAACAGUUGUUUUUUUUAAAUUAAAUUUAGUAAAACUGACAUAAUCAUACUUAAGUUCAUUGAAACAUACGUUUAUGAAGUGAAUAAAAUUUGUGGUAGAUGCUUUUUUCUACCUCUGAACUCUACAGUCCAUAAUUAUAAGAAAUAUGCUAACUUAGAAACGAACUAGUUUUUUAAAUGAGAAUUGAGAAGCUGUAUUUUUUAUAAAUUGUUAAUAGUUUUGCUACUCAGUUUUUGGUUUGCAAAAACCAAUCUAAGCAAAAUCAAAAUAUAUUAUAGGUACUACUAUAAAUAGAAUUAAUGGAAAUUUUCAAAUUUGAUAUAAAACAACCUGAACAAUUACCUAGACAACAGCUCAUUAAUUAAUAAUAAAUGUAAUUAAAUAAUUUUGAAAAUUAUAUUAAUGCAACAAACUUAGAUUUAAAAUAAAAAAAUACCUAAGUACAUUCCAUAAAGGAGCAUUUCGUGGUUUUAACGGGACAGUUUGUACAAAAUUAAUUUGUAAUUAAUGUAGUGCUUGUUUAAAAAAAAUAAUCUGAUUCAUUAAUUACACAUUAAUUUUGUACAAACUGUCCAGUUCGAAACACGAAAGGCUCCUAAAGAGGUUUGCCGGUAAGAUUUGGGCGAUGAAAAAUCGGAUCACUGGGCGUUUAUUUAAAAAGACUGAAAUGAUCAAAUAAAUGUUCCUUGUAAAUGUUUCAUUAAAAGUGUUUACUUGUCCAAUUUUAGUCAUCUGUACAUUGCUGUAAACCUUAGAAACCUAAAGUAGAUAUUAACGAGUUGGUACAAAUUUGGGUUAACACAAAUCUAUAACUUUUAUGUCUCAAAGUAUGUUAUAUUAACAUACAAACACCGUAUUUUUACGCUUAAAGUAUACAGUGCCAAGUGCAUCAGCAAUGAAGUAGUGAGGGGAUAUUUUGCAUCAGUUGCAGCAGAUAUCCAAAAGUUUAAGAAAAACGGUUGUAUUUUGUACUUUUUAGUUUGACUUCUUGAGAAUUGUUUUAUGUUUAAAUGUUUUUAUAAGAAAACUCCGUUUAGUUACAUAAACAUAUUACUAAAUUUACACUACUAGGUUAAAUUUUAAGUGUCUGAAUCAUUUUUUAAAGUAAAUUAACAAUUAAUCACCCAACGUCAGUGACUGGGCAACUGAAUAUUUGUUGUUAAAGCGAAUUAUUCCCCCACUAUUAAAACCGAAUGCUGCUAUGACGCAUCAGCUGUAUACACCAAAAAUGAAAAAUUCCUGUAAAUUUGUACUACUACUCUUUUGAUGUGCCGUUUAAAACCCAUCUGUAGGAAUGUAGCUGACAACUUUUUUAAACAAAAUUUGUUUGACCUAAGCCUUAAUCUUACCCAUUUAUGUAUUAUCUAAAAAAGUAGAUUGUUUACAAAAUAAUUGUAAAAUGUGGAAUGGACUGUUUUGAAAGCUGUGAUGUUUAAAAGUAUGGAGGUUUUAGAUUACUGAAAGAAUUUACUUUAUCUGUUAUUUUUUGAUUUUUAUUUUUAAUAUUUGAAUGUUAAAUAAACACUUGUACAUUUUUCGAAAUAUGCAGAAGGUGAUCCUAAUUUUUUAGGGAUUUGUAAAUUGUUUUAAUGUGGUAUUAUAUUUUUGUCUAUUUUCAACAUAUCUAAAUAAACAGACUGAUGUAAGUAAGAAUAAAAUUAAUUAUUUAUCUACCUUUUAAACUAAAUUAUGACAACAUUUGUUUCUUGAAGACUAAAGUUAAAAGUGCUUCAACU